UACUCUAACUAUUUAUUAAAUCAUUAUUCUUAUUAUUGACUAACAAGUAUUAUGCAUCAUGCGUGAAAAUAUUAUUUUCAUGUAAAAUAAAUUCGGCUCGAUUCGGGAGCAAGUGGCAACUGCACUCUCACUCACUAUAGACGACCAUGUUCAGAUUAAUCCACGAGGUUUCUAGAGGAUUCAUUAAAAACAUGUAAAAGAAAUUGAAAGCAAAUGUUAUGAAUAUUUGUUAUUCUGCUCGAAACAAGACAGUAAUAACUUACGUUAUUAAAUAAGUAAUUGAUACAUGUUCAAAAACUGUUGAACAUCGAUCUGUUUUUGUAAUUCAUCCUAAUCGUUGUUACUUAAAUAUAUUUAACAAUGUUUGCACGAAGAUUAUUACAAGAACAUAACAUUCUGAGGCAUUACAACAUAUUAAAACGAUACUUAAAAGAAGCUUCAGCCGCCUGUCCUAUGGAAACGCAUUUCGAACCUCUUGCCAAGAAGAAACCAGAAAGGCUAUCUUAUUUGAAAGCUUUAAUCUCAGGAGAAGCUGACAAAGAAGCUCUUACUUAUCCUGAAGAAAUAUCUCCGAGGUAUGAUGAUUUUUUUAAAUGGAUGAAGUCAGUAGAAUGUUACAUGUCAAAUUGUACUGCAUCAAACAAAGUAUUGAAUAAAAAAGAGGUGCUGGAUCAGCUUAGAGAACUUGAAGUGUUCAGGACACAUAUUGACGAACAAUACUUUGGCUUAAACUUAUCCAAUACAGAGUCACUGAAAUUGGUUGAGACACUUAGUAACUUGCCGUGGUUGGGUGCCUAUAUAAUAAAAAAUCAUAUUUUACCAGUUCAAAUAAUAUCCAAAUAUGGAUCAGAUCAACAGAAAAUGAAAUAUUUUGCAAAGAUCCUCAGUGGUGAAGUAAUUCCUUCGAUAUGCAUCUAUGAAGAAGGUGGUAGGACCAAUAUUAACAAUAUUAGCACUUAUUUAAUGAGAAAUGAUACAAAUUCAUGGCUCUUAAAUGGUAAUAAAACAUAUGUUGUUAAUGGUACCAGUUCCAAUUUGUUUUUGGUUUUUGCAAAAAAUGAGCAACCUUUUACAAAGAUAACUGGUCCAGAGUCAUUCUCGUUAUUGCUAGUUGAGAAAGAUUUUGGAGGUGUAACUUGUACAAAUGUGUACGACACAAUUGGCAGACAUGAAACGCCCACUUGUACGAUCAAUUUUCAAGAUACAAUAGUACCUCGUGAGAAUCUCAUAAGCACUGGUGCCCCUGCGUUUAAAAUAUUAUUAGAAUAUUUGAAACCUGGACAGCAAAAUAUACCUGGUCUGGCAAUCGCUAUUUUGAGAAAUUUUAUAAACCAGUUGAUACCAGACAUUUUAGAUAUGAAACAUUUCGAUAGAAAUUAUUAUGAAUUCGAUGUUGUAAAGAAGACUAUAGGAGAAAUAUCGUUUUCUUUAUACACCAUGGAAAGUAUGGCAUAUCUGACAACUGGAUUAAUGGAUAAAUAUGAGAACCAAGAUGCUGGAUUAGAGAGGGCAAUUACUGAAAAGUAUUGUGCCAAUAAAUGUUUAGAAUCCAUUCAGGCAGGAAUACAGUUGGUAGGCUCACGGAGUUAUGUGAAUAAUAAGUCGUACAUGCAAGCGUUUCAUGAUGCCAUAGCUUUGUCUACAAUGGACGCAAAUAACUUCGAUGCUGAUACGUACAUAGCUGCAAAGAUGCUACAAUUCAUUGGAAAAAAGUUGAACGAUCGCAUAUACAAGAAAAGAAAGUUCUUAGAAUUUCCUGUAUUCAAUAUGAUGGAUUCACUAUUUGAUAACUCGCGUAUAAGCAUAUCUGACGUUGAAGAGCAUCUGCAUCCAUCGGUACUCGAUGGUGUCGAACAUUUAGAACAGAGUAUAAACAAAUUUAGAGACAGUAUAAUGACAAUGUUCAAAUUCAGCGGAGCAGAGAUUUUGGACAAAUAUUCCGAUAUGCAAAGAGUAUCCCAAAUGUUGACCGAAAUAUAUGGAACGUAUGCUAAUUUAUUACGUGGGUCAAGAGCGUAUGCUAUCGGUGUUCGAAACGCGGAUAUUGACAAGAAUGUGAGUGUUCGAAUGGCAUUUACGUCUUUGAUGAGAGUAACUGCGAUUGCUGAAGAAGUAAAUGCUGGCCCGGUGCAGAACGGAGAUAAUUGUUACUUGACUACAGCGGACGUUUUAUAUAACGCGCAUAAAUAUGCUCUAGACCAUCCUUUGAAGAAGACAUUCUAGACAUUUAAUUAAUAUACCAAUUUCAUAUAUUGUACAGACGAAUGAUAAAAAUAAUAUUGAGUAAUGUAAUAUAAUAAGCAAACAUGUUUCCAUUAACGAUCAUGUAUUUAUAUGUGAAUAGCAGUGUAUAAUAUCUCUUACACUAUAUUAAAUUUAAGAGUAAAAUAA